AUGCAUUCAGGUGAUUUGUCUCAGAAAAAUACACUAUAUAAGGAGGGAUUAUUACCGAAGAACUUCCAGAUCGCGGGUUUUGCGCACUCAAAGUCAUCGGUUGAGGCCAUUAGGAAACUUGUAGACCCGUAUGUCGUCAAUACCCUUAGGGAUGAACACGAGAAGCAACUGUACAAAGAGUUCUGGAAGAUUGUGACCUAUAAUUCAGGCGACUCUCAAUCGGACAAAGACUUGGCACCCGUUACUGAUAUCGUCAACAAGUUUGAAACCGGUAAAAAGAAAGGACACCGAUUGGUGUACUUCGCUCUUCCCGCGUAUCUCUUUGCCAAAACUGCGGCUGCAGUCAAAACCACCCUUUACUCUAAAACUGGUUGGACUCGACUAGUGAUUGAAAAGCCGUUUGGAAAAGACAGCGAGUCUUCAAAGGAGUUGUCGGACGCGCUGUCACUGAUUUGGACAGAGAAAGAGAUCUAUCGGAUUGACCACUAUUUGGGUAAAGAGAUGGUACAGAAUAUUCUUGCCCUACGUUUUGGGAACCGUCAGUUGGAGCCGACCUGGAAUAAUGAACACAUCGCUAACGUUGAGGUGCUGUUCAAAGAGCCGUUCGGCACAAUGGGAAGAGGGGUUUACUUUGAUGAAUAUGGUAUGAUUCGAGAUGUGGUGCAAAACCAUUUACUUCAAGUGUUGGCACUCAUAGCUAUGGAGAGACCGGAAGCUAACGAUGCGGAGAAGAUUCGUGACGAAAAAUUAUAUCUAUUGAAACACAUGAAAGACUUAGCGAUGGAAGACAUAGUGUUGGGUCAAUACGUGGGGAAUCCUAAGGGUGUGGGCGACGCCACUAAGGGUUAUACCGAAGACGACACCGUGAAAGACAAGAACUCGACGACUGCCACCUAUUCUCUGGUCACGCUUCACAUCGAUAACGACCGCUGGAGAGGAGUUCCCUUUUUCAUCAGAUCUGGUAAAGCGACUGAUGAGAGCAGAGUUGAGGUUAGGGUUCAAUACAAACCAUUGGCUGAAGACCUGUUCAAUGGUCAGGCGAAGCGGGAUAUGACUAUCAUUCGUAUUCAACCCAAUGAAGCCGUUUAUCAAAGACUUAACAUUAAGAGACCCGGAAUGAGCAAUGAAUUGAUUGAGACUGAACUCGAUCUCACUUAUGCCACUCGUUUCUAUAACGCAUACCUUCCCGAUGCCUACGAGCGCUUAUUGUUAGAUGUAUUCAACGGUGAACAGGCUAACUUUGUCCGCACAGACGAGUUGAGUGAGGCCUGGCGUGUGUUCACUCCCGCCCUUCACACCAUUGAAAAGGACAAGAAAAUGCCCGUUAAGUAUGUGUUCGGCGCCCAGAGUUUCAAAGAAGCCGAUGAUCUCGAGGCCAAGUAUGGAUUGAUCCGCGAAAACAACUAAUCAUUUGUUAUCACUUAUCGUUAAAAUCCCAUUUUUUAAACAUUAAUUUGUGUAUUUUUAAUUUGUAAUUUAAACCAUGUUAAUAUUUUUAUUUUAUAAUUAUCAAAAUAAUAAAAAUAGUAAUACAUUAUAUCAAAU